UUUUGGAGGAAAUGCAGAGGUGACUUGAAUAUCAAUAUAGGACGACGAUAUCACCAUGCACCUGUCGGGGGCUUUACAGCAGUAAUGUCUACAAAUGGUCUCCAUUUUUUGGUUGACCCUGUAGCUGAAGAUGUCAAGGUCGUUUGUCAUCUCCUCACCUAUCUGAAGAAUGUCAAGGACAUCAAUCUCCACAGAAAUGAUGAGUUUCUGGCAGCCACCCACAGCUUUCUGCAGUGUAUGGACCAAUACUAUGGUGCAACAAGAGCGCACAAUGUAUCAAACUGGAUGUUAUUCCUCCGGCAACUACUGACAAUAACAUCAGAGAUGGUCUACAUUAAAUUGUCCUGUCAAGUCUGUGAGGUUGCCUUGGAAACCUCAGUGACAGUGCCAUGUAGAUUUAAGACCAGUCUGAACAGUUUAGUGCUACGAUUAAAUAAAAUAUGUGGUAUUGUUAGUCUUUUACAAAGGGAAGCUUCCGAAAUCUGUGAUAAUCAAAGAAGGGGGUCGGAAAAUGGUCACCAGCCUGUGGCUUUAUGGGACGAGGAUAUGAUGGCUUUGGUAAUGCAGUCCAGACAGGUUCAGGAUAUGCUACAAGGCUGUGAAGUUCUUAUGUCACCUGUGGUCAAGGCUGUUGAAGCCAAAGCUGAAAAGGACAAGCGGUUCUUCAACACAUUGUCUUUCUCCAUUGGUGCAGUAUGUUUAGGUAAUUUUGCCUGGAAUGUUUGGCAGGGACGGUCCACAGAUCAGCUGUUAUCUACUGGUAUGUGGUCAGUAUGUACAGGGUUCUCGGCGGCUGUCCUCCAAAUUCCUCGAGUACGUCUCUCUGACAUCACAACACAGCUACAGCAACAUCGCAAGGCUCGCGAGAAAGUAAAAGAAGUCACUCACUGCUGGAUGGAAACAGAUAACUUUUCAUAUGCCAAACUUGUCCGUCCUCCAACGAAACAGGGGAACAUUGAUCCUGGGUUCCUGAUUGGGAAAGCGGUGGCCGUUAAGACAAAUUGUAGAUGA